AUGGCCGAACCGGGGCCGGAGCCCGGGCGCGCGUGGCGGGUGCUGGCCCUGUGCGGGGUCGCCGUGUUUUUGGCGGCGGCGGCGGCCGGUGGGGCCCUGGUAGCGUGGAAUCUGGCUGCCUCCGCUGCCCGGGGGCCCCGCUGCCCGGAGCCGGGAUUCAACGCCACAGCGCCGCCCCAGGACCCCACACCCGAAGUCGAGGAGCUGCGGCGCCGGCUGGCAGAGGCCGCCCAGCGCGAGGAGACCCUGGCCAGGCAGCUGGAGCAGGCGGAGAGUGUCCGUCGCGAGUUGGAGGAGGCUCUCAGGGCUUGCGAGAACCGGCAGAGCCGGCUUCAGACGCAGCUAAAGACACUGAAGACUGAGAUGGAAGAAGCCAAAGCCCAGGGAACCCAGAUGGGGGUCGAGAACGGGGAGCUGACAGAAGCCCUGGCGCGCUGGGAGGCGGUGGCCACGGAGUCUGCGCAGCGGUUGGACGAGGUGCUGCGGCGCGCAAGCGCGGCCGAAGCUGAAGGCGAAGUCUGCGCGGCCCGAGAGGCGGCCCUGCGCGAGCGCGUUGUCGCUCUGGAAGCCGAGUUGGGUCCCCAGCGCAGAGGGUCGCGCCCCCGACCCCGCUCAGGGUCCCGAUCCAGGGCCAGCCCCCGCUCGCGCUCUCGCCCCGGGCCGUCCAAGGGUUGCCGGCGGCCGCCGCGGCGAGAAGGAUGA